AUGUUUAGAACUAUUCGAUUAAUACCCAAAUUGUUAAAAUUCACCCAAGUUGCAACUUGCUUGGCUCUGAUCUACAAUUAAUAGUCCAAGUUGAGAUGUGCUCAAAUUAACACGCAAACCAUCAAAAUCAUUAACUAAAAAGAUGUCGAUGCACUCUUGGCAAAUCCAUAGGAUUCCUCUAACACAAUCAUCAUAUUGAACAAAAACAUCAUUGAAGAUCUUCCUAAAAAUUUGUCAGCCAAUUUAUUUAUUUGCGAUAGCUCUGAAAAUGAUUAUGAUUUAAUUGCAGUCAAUCAACAUAGAUAUCUCCUAUUGAAAAUAAGAGGCGAAGAAGAUUAUUUAAAAUUGCUCAAUUUCUUAACUCCCUUAUAGACUCUAGAUAGUAAAUAAGAUGCCAUCAAUCUCAUUGAUCAAAUGGAUGCCUAGGUUGUCUUGAGUUAUAUCCCAUCAAUAAUAAACGCAGAAGAAUAAAUUAAUAAAUUUGAGCCUUCUUAAAAGUAUGAUCCUUAAUAAUUGGAGGAACAAUUAAAAGAGCUCAGGAUUCAUGAUUUCAAUAGAGAAGCCUAGUAUUAUAUUAUCAAAGAUAAGAAUGUUGCUGAAGAAUUCAAUUUAUCAAUUCAUGACAUUGGAGAAAUCUACAUUCUGAAAUAACCUAGCAUUUUCAAUUCAAAAGAGUCUUCCUUUCAUCAUAAUGGCAAAGAAUAUUUUAUGAAAAAAGUAGAGCCUGAUCAAAAUAUAAAAAGAAUAGAUACUUUUAUAAUUGAAAAGAAACACGAUUCCUUGUCUUCCUACCUUUAGGGAUCUAAGGAAGAGACUGUUUAAUAAUAGAAUUUACAGGGAUUUGUUAAUAAACUAACUUUAACAGCCAAUAACUAUGUUAACUAUGUCUUUAACAAAUAGUAAAUGGAUUCAUAAUUGCUCAUUUACAAGUAGAUGGGCGUAAAAUAUAUCUUGUUUUACCAUAGUCAGAAUGAUGUUAAUGAAAAAAUUAUUAAAAAACUUAUUAAUGUGAAGAAAUCUGUGAACAAUGAGUAAUAAUAACAAUUUGCAAUUGUUUAUUCUGAUAACAUUGAUCUAAUAUAAACAUAUUUUGGAAUUGUUGAUAAUGGAAUCACAGAUGAUGUAAGAUUACUUGAUCUUAACCAAAAUCAAACCUAUACAAUAUCCUUCAAUAUAGUUUAAUUGGGAUAAAAGGAAUAUAAUUAUGAUCAAUAUAAGUUAUGUAAGAGAUACUCUUUUGGAGAUAAAAUAACUGUCAAUAGGUUGAAAUAGUUCAUUGUAUAAACUACAAAUUUGAAGAUUUAAAAUAUAGAACCAUAAGAUUACAAUAGAGAAGAAUACUACGAAAAAACAUUUGUUAAAAUGCCUUUUGAUAAAUUGUAAACCAUAACUGCAAAUAAUUUGGAGUUGUCAGGCUAUGAUUUUAUUUAUUUUUAUAAGCCAGGAUGUGCUGCUUGUCACACUGUAGCUGAAACCUUAGAAAAGAUUGCCUGGAAUAUCUACAAUCCAAAUCCGUAUAGAGUUAAAAAUAUAUCUAACUUUAAAAAAAUCUCAUUGAAAAAAUACAAUAUUUUGAAUGAAUCCCAAAUGUUACCAUCCCCCAUCUAGGCACCAUAAAUCUAUAUAUUACAUGAUGGAAAAAUGCAAAAAGCAGAUUUAGUAUAAAAUAAGAUUAAUCCUGGAGACGAAUCGAAAAUGCUUCACUUCUUAACAAAGCUUAUUGACAAUCUUUGA